AUGGCUUCUUCUUCUCUUGUCUCAUUCCCAUGCCUUUCCUCGCUGAAAAUGACAUUCAAGCCCAUGGCGACUCUCAGCAAUCCCCCUACAACAGCGAUGUCGUACGAGCUUAAGAAGGGACAAAACCGUCUUUUUCAUAAGCUUCCUUCUGGGCUAAAAAUGGAGGUAAUCGAGCAGAGAAAAGAUGAAGAUGAAGACGAAAAAAGAAAAAGAAGAAGCGAGAAAGAUAACCCACCAUUGGUUUUUGUUCAUGGAAGUUAUCACGCAGCUUGGUGUUGGGCUGAACAUUGGUUGCCUUUCUUCUCUUCUUAUGGGUUUGAUUCUUACGCUAUUAGCUUAUUAGGUCAGGGUGAAAGUGAUGAUCCUUUAGGAACAGUUGCUGGAACUCUUCAGACACACGCAAGCGAUAUUGCAGACUUCAUCGAAUCAAACCUUAACUCUUCACCUCCUGUUCUUGUUGGACACUCUUUUGGAGGGCUCAUUGUUCAGUAUUACUUGGCAAAUAUCGUCAACAAACAGUCUUUAGGUUCGACAAAUGCGUUUCCUGAACUGUCAGGGGCUGUACUGGUCUGCUCAGUUCCACCUUCGGGUAAUAGCGGGUUAGUGUUACGUUAUCUCUUCUCUAAACCCGUUGCAGCCUUUAAGGUCACUCUCAGUUUAGCUGCUAAGCUUUUUCAAGCAUCUAUUCCUCUGUGCCGGGAAACAUUCUUCUCUUCAACCAUGGAUGAUCAACUUGUGCAGCGGUACACCUAUGAACUACCUCAUAAUUACCAGAUUCUGAUGAAAGAGAGCUCACGGAUGCCAUUGUUUGAUCUGAGGAAGCUAAACGGAUCACUUCCGGUACCAAAACCUAUGGAGGAUUCUACAAAAGUUCUUGUUUUUGGUGCCAACGAUGACUUCAUAGUGGAUGAUGAAGGAUUGAAGGAAACCGGGCUGUUUUAUGAUGUUGAACCGGUUUGUAUUGAAGGUGUUGCUCAUGACGUGAUGCUAGAUUGUUCAUGGGACAAAGGUGCUGAGGUUCUUUUAACUUGGCUUUGUGGUUUGUCUAAACCGGGAAAUUUAGCUGCUUAA